AUGCUGACCCAUGCGGACCAGCAAGCGCGGCAGCGCAGGGGCUUCGCCGGCUACGCAUCGAGACAGGCCCGGGCUUCUGGCUUGCCACCCCUCCCAUCGAAGAAGACGCCACCUCCGCCUCAAGGAGGCACGCCUUCACCGUCAUGCCGCUUGAGCUCCAGCCCAUACCGCAGUAUGACGAGGCAUUCCAACUCCACUUCGGCCCUACCCUGCAUGCGCAAGGGGAAGCUCGACCCGCUUCACCCAGUGAAGCGAGGCGAUGCCUUCACAGCUCGGACCCAGGACAUGGCGUCAACGGAGCCGAGCCGUCCCAUGAUCGAAGCCUCCUCUUCUGUCUUGGAUGUCGCACGCCGGGCCGAGGAGGUGCUCCGUGUGGGCGCCUGGUCCGUGAGAAAGCUUCCAGAGAAUCCAGACAUCCCUCUGGUGUACCUGAACGAAGACGAGGGACGGGUAGAGGUGGAGCCACCACAAGAAGUCCUCGACGAUCUCCAGAUCGAUGACUUGGGUUCGCCUGCAGGCCCCCAACUCGAAGCGGUGGAGCCUCCGGAAUGCGAGGCUCCGUCAGGGGAGCGUGGCGUGCAGGAGGAGGAGCCCGACGAGAGCCCGGUUUUCCGGCGGAUCAUCCUGGGGGCCAAGGCAGAGGUGCCUCUGCGAAUGGCACGGGACAUCCUCGACGCUGUGCGAGAGGACCUCGGCCUCUUCGAGCAGGUGCAAGAGCGCUUCUCCGAUUCGCCCGAGGAGACCUUCUUCCGCCUUGACGAUGAGCUCGACGAGGAGCUCGCUGCGGUGGCAUUGUCCAUGCAGCCCGGGGAGGUCUCGGAGGUUUUGGGCACCGAGGCUGGCAUGCAAAUCCUCCUCCGCGUGCGCUGA